AUGGAUGGUUAUGGUGGUCAGGGUGAUGUUAUCCCUGCUAUGAUUAAGAAGGAAGACAUUGCUACGUGGGAAGAUAAGCUAAAGGAAGGAGAAAGUUAUAUAAUGCAUAACUUCAAAAUUCUCAACAACAGAGCUCAAUAUAGAGUUUGCGACCACCCUUAUAAGCUAUUGUUUAUUGGAGCAACAUCUGUACGACGACAACCAAUUGCCAGUAUUCCUGCAAAAGUUUGGAAGUUCAAGAGUAUAAAGGAUAUCAUUGAUGGAAACUAUUCUGCAGAUUUGUUGGUUGAUGUCAUUGGUGUGGUGGAUAAUGUGGAGGAGAAACCAAGUUCCAAAAAUGUUGUGUUUGACCUAAAGGACUUGAGUGGUGCGUCAAUCUGUUGUACUCUUUGGGAUUCAUAUUGUUUGCGUUUGGUUAGUUAUUGGAGGGAAAGUCGUGACACACCUUAUCCAGCUAUUAUUCUUACUCAGGCAAAGAUAAAGGCUGCCUCAGGUCCAUGGCCGGUGUCAUUGUCUAAUUGUUGGAAUGGAUCGAAGUUGUUUAUGGGAGAUGAUAGAUCAGAACUGAUUGAAUUUAGGAAGGAAUUUUCAAAAACUACUGCUCAUGAAAUUUUCGAGGAGGGAAGCCAAUAUAGUGGAUCUUCCCAGAUUAGUCAUGUUGAUAGGUUUAUGUAUAAAACUGUUGUUAAGAGUGUUUCACAGAUCCUGACUGUGAUAGAGGAGAUUUCAUGUGUUACUGUUGCACAUACACUUAAGUUUAAUUUAGGAAAUGAUGGAUGGAGUUACUUGGUUUGUAACUUAUGCGCAAAAAGAACAUAUGAAGUUGGUUCUUUUAAGUGUUUGAAUUGUGAUGGUUAUAAUGAGUAUCCAAAAAUGAGGUACAAGCUUGAAAUUCAAGUGACUGAUGGAAAAAAGGUUGCUAACUUCAUGCUUUGGGACCAAGACUGCAUCAAUUUAAUUGGUCUUUCUGCUGGUGACUUGCGAAAGAAAAUGAUCAAGGAUGGUGAGGAGGAUCCUAAGUGUUUUCCACAGGAUCUAGACGUUCUUUUGGGUUGUACUUUGGCUUUCAAGGUCAAGCCACAAGGAAAUAACCGACCUGCUUCAGUAAUGAGAGUUUCAACUGAUCGUGAAAUCAUAGGACACAUUAGUAGUCUUCUUGGACAAACUGAGGUAAUGGAAAUUGUUGAAGCUAAGGAAAACUGUUCUGAUCAAUCAGAGCUUCGUAAGGGCAAGUCCAUAGUAAGUACUUAUUAAAUUGGUUGGUUUUGUUAAUUCCCAUUUUCAUGUAUUGUAUGUUUUAAUGUAUAUUGAGUUAUG